AUUUAACCAUCACCAUGGCGUCUAAAAUCAUAGCUCAGGUGUUAAUAUACACCACCAACGUGGUCACCCGAGCGUUUGCCGACGCCUACAGGCAGGCCGCCGCCAAUGGUGGUAAGAGAGCGGCACAGAACAGUCAGGCAGGGGCUAAUGCAGGGGCUAAUACAUCUAAUGCAGGGGCCAAUGCAGGGGCACAGGCGGGGUCAAAAAGAAAGGUCCCAGAUGCCAAGUUGGUAUUCGGUGGCAUAGACAUAGCACAGGCCAGACAGGUGCUGAAUGUCAGUGAGAAGGACUCGCCGGAACAGAUCAAGAAGCAUUUCGAACAUCUUUUUGCGGUCAAUGAGAAGAAGAAGGGUGGAUCUUUCUAUUUGCAAUCGAAGGUUGUACGGGCAAAGGAAGCUUUGGACUGGUUACAAGAAGAGCAGGAUAAAGCCAAUGGGAUUGUCAAGAAGAAAUCCGAUGAUAAAAAGGACGAUGCUAUUAGUAGUUCACCUGAGAAAAAGGAGCAAUAA